AUGGAUAAUGUACAACUUUACGCCCUUGCCACUUUCUUCCUCUUUUUCGUGCUGCGCUUUGCGAUCAGCAGAUAUCGCCGCAUAUCCAUCUCACAUUUGCCCGGUCCCCAACCUGAAUCGUUCUUACUUGGAAACCUUCGCCAGUUAUUCCAGGAUGACAUCGGUGAAGAAGACUUCAAGUUGCAAGAGAUGUAUGGGGAAACGAUGCGGAUCAAGAGCUCGUUUGGUGAGGACAACUUGCUAUUAAUGGAUCCUAAAGGCAUCCAAUACGUCCUCGGUACCACCAAAUAUCGUUUCGCCAAACCGCAUGAUAGACUGAUCACCCUCGUCCUCAGUCUCGGCAAGGGGCUUGUUUCCGUUGAAGGUGACGAGCAUCAACGGCAACGGAGGGUACUACUCCCUGCUUUUGGAAAUCGUGAAAUGAGGGAUCUUAUGCCAAUGUUCCGCGAGAACAUCCAGAAACUUGUGAUAAACUGGAAGGACGCUCUAAUCGACUCGAGAGACGGUACCAUCGUUUAUGAUGUCUUAAACGAGGCAACACUAGCGACUUUAGAUGCUGUGGGGAAAGCCGCAUUCGAAUACGAUUUUGGUAUCCUAGAACGAAAGGGCAACGCGCUAGCCACUUCCUUUACGAACUUCCUGGUGGAGGGGUUCGGUCUCCCAACAAAUGGCACACUUCUGGUGCAACACGGUAUCAUGGGCCGCAUUCCAGGCCCAUUACUAAAAUUAGCUACCAGUCUUCCCCUAGCGGGCAUCAAACGGUUCAAGAAACACGGAGAACUAUGUGAUAGCAUCGCACGAGAGCUGAUUGAUGCCAAAGGGCGUGCAUUGCAGCAAGGCAAAGCAGGUCGAGAUGUAUUAAGCUUAAUCGUCAAGGCAAAUCUAUCUCAGAACGAACGUACAAAACUGUCGGAUGAAGAAUUACUUGCCGAGUUCCGGACGAUCAUGGGAGCCGGCCACGAGACAACAUCAAACACUCUCACCUGGGUACUUCUUGAGCUGUCUAGGCACCCGGAAAUGCAGACAAAGCUGCGCAGAGAGAUCCAACGCGGCCAAGCGGCAGCAUACUCUCGGGGACAAGCCGAGAUGUCGAUGCAGGAUAUGGAGGCCCUCCCCUAUCUAGGCGCCGUGAUCAAGGAAACGUUACGGUUCCAUGCCGUAUUUUCGCACAUGUUUCGUACGGCAACCGAGGACGAUGUCAUCCCUCUAUCAAGGCCGGUAACGACUGCAUCUGGUAGAGUCAUCAACGAAAUACCGGUGCCAAAGGGGAUGAGAGUUAUCGUCUCCAUCGCAGGCUAUAACAGGCUGCGAGAACUAUGGGGACAAGAUGCCCAACUUUACCGACCCGAGCGAUGGUUAGACGGCUCAAUCUGCAAAUACGAUGGGACCAGCGUCGGGGUCCUUGAAAACCUUAUGUCGUUCGGCUCUGGGCCACACGCAUGCAUAGGCUGGCAUUUUGCCUUGGUCCAGUUACACACCAUCCUCGUAGAACUCAUUAGCAACUUUGAGUUCGCAUUAACAGACGACGCACGUCGCGUGCGCCGUGUAGCAGCCUUAUUUAUGCUUCCCAUGAUCGAAGGCCAAAGUGGACGACCACAACUCCCGCUGAAAAUAUCCCUCGUAGAAUAACCAAGGGCUGUGGGUCGGGAAGAGGAUGUUUGUACCUGGCACGGUCAAACUCUAGUAAUAUAAUCUAUCGUUACGCAAUUUGUAUACCACGAAAUCUAUAAAAACACACGAUUCCAACAUCCAAGCCAUGUCCAGCAU